AUGUUAGGAGUAACUAAGGUUUUAAGUCACAGCCGAAUCACCAUAAUUGAUAAUUCGUGGGAACCUGGUCAAAUAGAAUUCAUCAAAGUUAUAGAGAGAAUUCUCUUUGCUGUAUUCACUUGUGUUCUAGCACUUGGAGGUUCGAUAAUAGGAACAAUAGGAGGAGCUAUAAAAGGCCAAACCACAGAAGCUGCUUCUGAUGGUGAGUCAUUUUCCAAGGUUGCUUUGUUGACAAUUUUAUUAAAUGGAAAAGUGUUUAUGGAAUGGAUAUGUCCAACUGUGGCACAAGCUUAUAUAAAUUCAGUAGAAGCAGCUUAUGGAGGAGUGGUUUCAGAUAUUUAUGACAGCAUGGGAGUUAAAGGGAUGUCACAAACUUGUAUUAUGAAACUCCCAUUUCAUAAAUUUAACUCUUCCGACAAAAUUAUGAAAUUAUACAAUGAAUCAUGCUGCUUAAUUUGCUUCCAGGAUUUUGAGAACGGAGAAUUGGUGAGAAUACUUCCAAAAUGUUGUCACAUUUAUCAUUUAGAAUGCAUUGACAAAUGGCUAGUACAACAAGGAUCGUGUCCUAUUUGUAGAACUUAUAUUCUUCAAUAG